GAACAUGACCUUGAAUCUGACGACUGGCAAUGGUGGCGCAACAGCAGCUGUCAAACUGCACAAAGGGUGUAACUUCUGCGAACAAGCUAAAACUCUUUCCGCUCUGCUGAAGUCGGUUCUUAUCAACCAGAACUACAAAGAGCUACCCACUUUGAAGCGGGAUAUCAGGAAACAGAAACAGUUUCUCCUUAGUUUGAUGGAGAACCCUGAAGCGAAAAAUGCUAAACAUAGGUCUGUGUUAGCAAGCGCCUCUAAGGAUGGAAUUUACUUUGAAAGUGAGACGAAACCUCAAGUGUUAGAUUCCGAUUUCAUCGAAGAAUCUGUCAUUUUAAGUGAUUUGUUCAACUUGAAUGAGCUACGAGCAGCUGAGUUGCUACAAAUGGCUGAAGCGCAGAAGCCCAGAUACCCUUCCUGGAGCCGAGGAUUGAUUGCAGUUAUGUUGUAUUUCGACUCGAAACUUAGUGUUGUCCACUCGCUAAAAUUAAUUACGAAAGCCAUUUCCGGACUCACCUGGUCUGCUGACGUCACUGAUGACGUUAGCUCUUUCCUAGAUAGUUACGUCACAGAUUUGGUUAACGAAGAUUUAGUAGCUAAGGUUCUACAAACAAUGAAAACUUUCGAUAAAAAUGAAAUUUUUGAGAAACUUCGACAACAAAAGGCGCUCGGAGAUCUGAAACAUCGAAGAAUGUUAUGUGAAAUGCUAUCUGAUAUUUCUGUAGGUUUAUCUGAAAUUAUCAGUAAUUUGUUCUGUCAGAAAAAAAUGUCUGUAAACGACUCUUUAAAAGUUUUGGAGUUCCUGAAAAACACUACGGAUGAAAAGUUAUUCGAAAUUCCAGAUACAAGAAUCAAUAUUCCGCACCUUAAUCUGAUAUUUUCUCUAUUUCACGCUUUUGAUUAUAUUAAUGAGGAAACUUUCAUCCAAGCCAUGCAUAAUCAGUUGGUGGCAAAUCCUCCAUUUGUGGAAAACCAGACAAUUGUCAACAAGUCCACUAGGUUAAUUUUCUCGACUCUGUACCUAAAAUGGGCUGUGUCGUUGCGGAAGCUAGGUAUGGAAAACGAGCUGCCAAAUUCGUGCGCAGAUUGUCGUGACGAAGACGAAUGGUUAAUCAACCAAGCUAUAGCUUCUGAAGUGUUCAAUUACCUGGAGCUGAUAGUUUCUGCAAAAGAGUUCUUUGCCGAUGAGUUUCGAGUCCACAGAUUUCAUCUGAUGAUAACCGAUUUCAUCGUGUAUUUCCCCUUGAAAAUAAGAGACUUGAGAAACCAUGGCGACGAAGUAGCUAGAACGAUUGCAGCUUAUUUAAACGAAGGUAUAACACCUCCCGCUGAUUUAGUCAAUGAUUAUGAAAAUCUUUUGAAACUGAUGACUUUGUUUUAUAACGGCCAACAAGAUCAAAAACUGUGCGACGAUUUUUGGAAAGUGGACGAAAAUUAUGUUAACAGUCCGUCAAAGGCAGUUUCAAACACGCAAAGGUAUCUGUCGUUGAAUAAAUUCUGUCUAUCAGCUUGUGAUUAUGUGGCUCCUUUUCUCUACGCGCCAGUGAUUGAUAUGAUUUCGUCUUUGAGUGCCUCUGAAAACGCAGCCUGGUCGUGUGUUGAAUUUAUGUUUGCAGCUCGACAAAGCGCUUCGCAUGCAACCAUUUCUUUUCAUCACUUUUUCCAAACCGUUCAUGCAGUUUAUUCAAGUAUGCGCGAAGAGAGAGCGGCAGUGAAAAACGUGCCAACGAAUGCUUUGCAAAACACAACCUAUUACUCUAUGCCAAACCCCCAGAAACUUACAAACCAAAGUAUAAGUCCUAUAGAAAUCAAAGGAAUUGAAAGUAUGCUAGGUUUGCUCAUAAAAGUCUGCGAGAAAAGCGAACGUGCGAUUCAAGUUUUGGUCGAGAAUUCAGAGCUGAAAGUUGUUUAUACUUUGUUUGGACUCAUAACGUGUAAGGUCCCGAUAUCUCUGAAAGCGAAGUGCAUGGAGCUUCUGUCGGCUAUUGCCAGUGCACCCAAGUAUGCGCCUAACAUGUGGGCAUGUAUAGAGAAGUAUCAACUCAUUGAACUUUCGUCCAAUUUAUGUCAGGUAUCUAACUCAGGAAUCAUACAAGAGUUGGAAGAAUUUGAAACCAAGCAAGGAUGCUAUAAUUUAUCAAUCAGUUUCGUCUCAUUCAUCAAUAAAAUCCUGAAGUAUAGUCCAAGAAAGUAUAAUCUGCAAAUUUUGCUGUCGUAUUUGAUUGAUAAAUUGUUGAACCAUUUCAACACGCGGUUCUACGAGGAUGCGAAACAUGUUUAUGAAGUACCCUCAGUUGUUCUUGACGUCGUGAAAACUGUUGUCGAUAAUUUUGACCCCGCUGAAGAGAUUUCGAAUGAAAAUUUGGGGCACGAUCCUCAGACGUUUCCUGUUCAAUUAGUGAGCCAGUUGUUCAAAGAUUCAGUUUUGACUAAAAAGCUAUUUUUCAUCAUUGAAAAAACUACGCAGAAGUUAGAGACACUUCAGAGCGGCGAGGAGAGCGAUAUUAAAACGAUGCUCGAAAGUUGCGAAAAGUCUUUGUCAGUCAUUUCACGUGCAUUGCAAAUUCAGGACGGAUUUCUUCGAUUAUGUAGUGAAGGGUACAAAAAAGACGUCUUCAUGUCGAUGGAUUCUCUACUACAAUGUUUGAAUUCGAAAGCUGGGAUCCAUGACCACUUACAUAACAUCCUCAAACUAGUUAUUCAUACCACUGGAGCAUCAUUUUCGGAGCAUUUGAAGGUGAGACUUGCGGCAACUGAAGUUUUAAUGCUACAUGCGCAAGUUAGUCUGAACCAAACUAGAUCUUUCAAGUAUUUGCUUUCAGAACCAGUUACUGCCUCAAUGUUGAAUCAAUGCAUUGUUUCGAUCAUCGAAGAUUACAGUUCCGAUCCUGACUCAGCGAUGCAUGUUUUGGAGUAUAUUUGCUCCUUGCUCGAUUUUCCAAAGGCAACUAUUGGCCACUAUCUUCUGGGAUUAGAAGAUGGCAGGAAACAAAACCAAGUUCUAGUUGCAUCAAUUAAUGCAUUACAUGCGAUAACGUAUAUUUUGGAUAAUUUCAUCGCAGAACCGGGUCAGAAGAUGAGCAACGAAGAUGCUAAAAUUGUUUGUAUUUGCUACAAGAUUCUCUACAAAAUGAGCGUUUUGCCCGAUUCUUCCUCGCACACUUUGAGACUGUUACAAAAUAUUGAUUGGUUUCUUUGCCGACACAUUGUAGAACUUGCUACUUUAUCCGCCAAUCAAAGUGACCCACAAGUGAUUUCGUAUUUGACAAACGCGAACUCAUGGUUGAUCAAAAGCUUCGCUAUCGAUCUCAAAAACUGUUGUGCUCUGAAGCAACAGAGUACAGUUUCCAAAAUGCUCUCGGCAAUAUUCGACAAGCCAAGUCAUUCGAAAAUGUUCCACGAGGCAUCUAAGUCUAGUUCAGUUUUGAACUUUUCUAUCGGCGUGUCUUCUUUGAUGCACGAUGUAACUUCAUCUGGAAUGGAGCCAACAGGCCAAUCCAAGAAACCCUGGAUUUUGAAAUCAAUAAUGGACGAGUUUGAUUUUCGAUCCGGGCAGCAGGCUGAAUUGCAAAUUGAUUGGGAGAUAUUAGAAUCAGCUUUUAUAAUGUGCGAACAUGAGAGGAAAGAUUUGAAAGGUGUGACCUAUUUUGACGUCAGGAAACUUCACAAGUAUCUUUUUGAUCACGUGUCGAGUCUGCAGAUUUCACAAGGUCAGAAGGAUCUGCUCAUAAAUGACAUCGAGUAUGUCUUGGCUUUUGCCAGUCAAGAGAACGCACGCAAAGAUGACAGUCUAGCAAAAAUGGCCUAUUUAACAUCUUGGUGUGAGUUAUUCUCAAUUUGCCUCAUGUUUGCCCCGCAUGAAUUGAUGUCUGAAAAAUACCUAGUCAUGCAAAUUUUAGACUUCCUUUGUGCCUCAUUAAAUGUUGAAGGAAUAAGUUCAGAAUUUGCCGUUUUGAUAACUAGAUUGGCCUUGAAGAUUUUGGAUUUCUUCAGACACGGAGGCGAAGGAUUGAAUAACAUAGACUCGACACAAAUAGCUCUUGAGUUACAAUCAACUGCUAGCGAUUUGCUGAGAAAUUUGGUCAGGUUUUAUAUCUAUGGUGAUUCAAAUAGGAAAGAGUCGCUGUGUGUUAACACAUUAUCAGCAAUUUUGUCGUUCUUGCGACUCUUUGUUUCCGAAAAUAUGGAAAUUGACGGAACACAAGAAUUGGAGAUGGCUAGAUUGCAGAAUUGGAACGUCGUGAAAACUUUCGGAGAAAAGUUUUCGAGACGUUUGUUUUCAGACAGCUCUCUAGGACAUGUAGUACAAAAAACGAUUGCACUUUCGGUGUUUUGUGAGUUAGUUGAAGUUGACGAACGAUCGGAAAUUUCGGAUUUAAUGAUUCGAGAGGGAUUCAUUCAAAAAAUGGUCAUGGAAAUCUCAACAGAUAAUAUUGCGAUGAUUGAAAGUCUUCAAAAAGCGGAUCCGUUCGAUGCAAUUUAUCUAAUGAACAACGCAAAAUUUUGCCUGAUUUCUAAGUUAGCGCAAAAUGGAAAAGGAGCUUCCGCUUUAGUCCAUAGUAACUUCAUCGAAACUUUAGGUAAGCUUACCUUCAUCGACGCGCGACCCGUUGCCAAUGGAAACCAAACCGGUAACACGAAUCAAAAGUCGAAGAGCUUGUUGGAUGUUCAGUUAGCUGCCCAUAGACAAGUGUUAAUACCUCUCUUAGAAUCGUGCCAUAAUAUUUUGACCACCUUACCGCCAAGUCAUCAAGACGCAGCUAGUUUGGUUUUACAGUUCAUAGUGGCCCAUUUUGAGAUUUUUCUGGACAUUUUGGCAUGCAAAGAUUUCAAAAGUCUGAAGAAAGGCGAUUUAAAAGAAAUCAGAGUUGCUUGUGGAGUGAUAAGCGCGGCGGCAAUGAAAGGAUCUAUUCUAUUGGACGACGAGCAAUCGCAUUCUGUUGUUCAUGUGCAGCAAGCGAUGCGGAAACUUCACCAACAGUUGCUUAAAGCUCUUUCCUUAUUUGGUAAUUUGGACAAAUGGGAAAAUGCUCUCGGAAGCGUUAACAAUUUGUUCGAAAAAGAACAGAUGAGAAGUUCGUUGAUUUCUAUCAUAGCAAGUUUGAUUACCUAUGUUAAUGGUCAUACUGUAAGUGUAAUGAACGGUUCAACUAGUUCGGAAGGCUUGAGCCAGAUUUUGUUCUUCCCUAGUAUCGUAGCGCCGAACGCGAAAACAGUCGAAACAAACAAAGGAGUUAAUGAUUACAGCAAUAUGGGAGUCUUGCUUAAAUUAUGUUCACAGAUUAUUGAAGAGUUUUUGGUUCUUUUGGAAGAAAGAAAUGAUUUUAAAGCUUUGCUAGUUAAGGAUCGUUAUACCGACGAAGAAGUGGCUAAGUUCUCGGACAAGGAUGGUCAGCAGUUGAAAGACCAAAUACUGCCAGUCGCUUACAAGUUGCUUUCUCAGGAGCAAAAUAUCAACAAAAUUAAAAACUCCCUUGUGGCAUUACUGUUUAAAAAAGAUGAGCAAAUUCAAGCAUUGUAUUACGUAAUGGAAGCAGCCUCAUUUGUGUUGUACCGUCAUCUGGAUUACUACUUCACUAGGUUUGACCCUGAAAUGUUCGUGAAGAGCAAUAGCGUGAAUUUUAGACAUCUGAGACAAAUGUUGUCUAGUUCGAAUAAAAGUCCAGUUAAUAUUAGUGGCAGAAUGGGAUCUUCUAUGAAAACAAAAUCAGGAAAACUUUCCCAAAAUAAUUCUCCCGCCGUGCUAGAAAAUCCGAAAUCAGGCAUGGGAGAUUUCAGCGACGAGAAAGUUCUGCAGAUAAAGUCAUUUCAGAUGGAUACGUUGCAAGCUCUUCCUCCAGCUCUGAUAGAUAGAAUUCUAAAUGUCGACGCUGCAUUGAACGAACUGUUUUCUUCGAAAAAUUCUCCCGAGAAAGAAAAUCAAGAACUACAGUCGUCGUCUUUUGUGAGUGCGCAAAUUAGACAAAUUGACCAGCUUUUAAGAAAUUACGCGGAAAAAGUAAACAAGCAACAACAGUUAGACAUUGCGUAAACUCGAAAUGGAAUAUUAACGGAUGAGAAACUUUAAACCCGACUUGCUGUAAUUUAUUUGGUUUGAUUUGAGAUUUAUAAAUUAUGUUUUUGUCUUGCUUGAGUGUCUAGGUUGAAUUGAAUUCUUCUUACAUUUUCUA